GCUUAGUUCAUCAACUACGUUGCGUGGACAUAGUUGCGUGAGUUUGUUGUUUGUGAUACCGUUUUGUGAAGUUUGAAAGUGUAAAAUAGUAGUACAAUCAAAAUAAUUCUAGUUCCUUCAUUCCAAUACAAAACAAAAAAGUGGUUCUAUCAUUCUAUUAAUCGAAUGAAACUUACGUUUCAAACAAACAUGAGUAUUGGUUCUUGUAAUUAAAAUAUUGUGUAAAUUAUAUUUUGUGAAUAUAUGGAAAAUAUUAUGGAAACUGGCAAAUCGUUUUUCAUACGGGAUCUUCUUGGAGAUUUAAUAAGCUGCCGUGAAUCUGAGCACUCAUUUUCAACCCAGCUAACUUCUGAUGACGAAGAAAACAGUGAUGUAGAUGUAGAAGAUGGAUCUUCUGAUUCUGGAACGAAUGGCCCCAUUAAUUCAUACAUCACCCAAGAAAAUGAGACCAAUGAACAUAUUCGUCGUACAUUACUUCUCUCAAUUGACGGAUCUCACAACACGGAAUACGACUUAAGUUCAACAAAGGAUAUUUAUACACCGGCUACAAUUAUGAAAAGUGGAAGAAAACCUCGUAGACGAAGAACUGCUUUUACCCAUGCCCAAUUAGCUUAUUUGGAACGAAAAUUUAGGUGUCAAAAAUACUUAUCAGUUGCAGACAGAAGCGAUGUUGCUGAUGCAUUAAAUCUGUCAGAGACGCAGGUUAAAACAUGGUAUCAGAACCGAAGAACUAAAUGGAAACGGCAAAAUCAACUUCGCCUGGAACAGCUGAGACAUCAGGCUUCUUCAUCUCAUCAUCAUUCUAUAGAGAAAAAAAUAAUAAACGUUGCAGCUACAACAAGAGGCCCAAUAGCACCACAACAUCAUCAACAAGCUGAUCAUCCAUCUGGAUCAUUGCCAUCCAUGAGAACCGGAAAUCAAUGUUGUCCCACGCCACCUGCUCUAGUUGUUUCAUCAUCAUCGUUCAUUACAUCAAACCCAUGUAGUUUUCUAACUUCUGCUGCAGCUAUUUUUCGGAAUGUUGGUCAGCCAUGGACGUCAAGUUCUUUGCUCUAGAUAUCCAUGUAAAUUGUAAAUAUCAGUGUUCAAUAUGCAACAACAAAAUAAAAGUGUGACAUUUAAUAGAAGAAUCCCGAAAUGAUUAUUGAAGAUAUGUAUUUUUUAAAUUACACACAUGAAAAUUUCAUAUAGGUAAUCCACAGUACCUCGUAUAUGAGGAUUCUGAAAAAUGCGAUUUUAUAAAUUUGACCGAGCCGGUCUCGUAGUACAGUCGUCAACUCGUACGACUUAACAACAUACCCGUCAUGGGUUCGAUCCCCAAAUAGACCGUGCCGCCAUACGUAGGAUUGACUAUCCUGCUAUGGGGGGACAUCAAUCAGUUACUGAAAGCCAAAGCCCACAAGUGGUACAGGCAGGCCUUGACCGACAACGGUUGUUGAGCCAAAGAAGAGGAAGAAGAAAAAUUUGACAGUUAUUCUAGCAAAUUGUACUGAUUUAACGCACUAAUUUUCAAAUGUAAAAAAAAUUCCCUUCAGGUCGCACUUUAUAAUUCUUUCUAGAAGGUUUGAAAAUGUUAGGGGAAGGUAGGUAAAGAAGGACACCUUAACAUGUUCAAAAUCUAGGAAUAUAUAAAUACAUCGAUCAUGAAAAUGUGCGUAAGUUAUCUUACACUUAUCCCUUUCAUACUUUCAUAUCCCAUAUCCCAUUGAUUUCCACGUCCUGGUACGUAUAUUAACCAAUUCUUAGCCAAAUUUAACGACGGAUCAUGCAGCCGAUAAAUUAGGAAUUGUAAGCAACACCACUAACACCUCGAAGAAUGUAGAAUCUAAAACGUUAUUGAAAUAUCGGGCACUAACCGCUGAAUUUCACUAGCUGGCAUAACAACAGUGUAAAACUUUCCUUUAGGAAAUUACUCCGCGAAAAGUCCGCGACCGCAGCAUGUUUGAGGGACUUCUAUUAAAGAUGAAGUCACUUUUUCCAUUGAUGAGGCCCUUUCCGUUUUAAGUUCGUAGGUUGAAACAAGGUUAUUAGACUCUAUACAGGUUACGACAGAGCGAUUGAGAGGGUCACCAUUUUGUAAACCUUGUUUACAAUUUGUCUGUCAAAAUCGACGCUGGUCAGCUGAUGGUUGGAAUAAACAACAUAAAUAAGAUUGUAGAAGCUGAAACUAACGCUUCAAGUUUUCUUCAUCCUACCACGUCCCAUCGUUAAUAGAAUAUGACUUCUUUGUUGGCCUGUUCAAUGCUGAGUUUGAAAUUGUAAUUACAGCUUCUGGGGACGAGGGUUGCCGUCUAGCAGCAGCAUUGUUAAUAAUGGUGAGACAUUAUGCAGUCUUGAACGCGACCCUACGCGAUGUGUGGGAAGCGACAAAGCUCCAUUCCGAUUCGCCACAAUCGUCGGGUUCAGGGUGAUCGUCUAUGCUGCUCCUGUUCUAGUUCCGGUUCAUAGGAAACGAAUGUUCGUGCUGUCCCGGCUACAGUCUUGUUCCAGUGGGGGUCGGGGAUUCAUGCCGCCUCGGGUACAGCUUAAUUUAAGUGCUAGAGCGAAAAGACGAGAGAUAAAUGUCGUCCCGGCAGCUGCUAGUGUUAAACAACGGCGGGGGUCCAUUUCAUUUAUGCUCGAGUCAAUUACAACAUCAGAGCGAAAAGGAUGUUUGAAGCAUUUGUGGUGGGUACCACCACAUCAUCAUAGGUGACAAAUCCCCACAUUUGUGUGAGACGAGUGCAUUGCACGGCAGACAAAAGAGUGUGUCCAAAGGUUGGUCAAGUAGGUGCUCUCGGUAGGGGUGCAGUAUGAGUAUCAACAUGUUUUGUACAUAGUGUUUAUUUAAAUAAUAUUUUGUGAUUGCGUAAAUUGUUGUGACGAAAGUUA